AUGUUCUCCUUCAUCUCUUCCAAGGCUUCCACCUGCGCCGAGUGCCGGUCGCUCGGUUCGGGAAAGUCCACUUCUAAGUUCGACAAGAGGACGAUCGGCCGCCCGAGUGCAUACGAGUGGCCGGCGUUCCAGCCUCGCCCCCAGCCCCGUCCCCAGCCUCGUUCCCAGCCCGUUGUGUACGGCCCGCCCCCUACCGCGGCGCAGAUCCAGGUGCUGCUGUACAGGGGCCGCGAGUUCAAGGAGCUCGGCACUGAGCUCAUCUCGCUGCGUGACGCGCAGGCGCGGGAGGAGCUUGUGCGCGGGACGCUCGUUUACCAUGCUUGA